AUGUAUGACAGUGGUUUCUUACAAUUUUCUUGGGCCUGUUCUUCAAAGAAAUCUUCAACUGAUGAAAGGGAAUUGGAUGAUGAUGUUGCAGCUGAACGUAAUCAAAUUUUGAAUAAUAUGAACUUGUCAUCAGCACGAAAUUCCAUCGGACCUGACAGGGAUGUUAAUAGAUUGGAUCAUCUGAUUGUACACGACCUUGUCAAAUCCUAUCCGCUGCAUCGUGCAGCAGCUGUUGAUCAUUUAACAUUUGGUGCCAGACGUGGCGAAGCAUUUGGUUUACUUGGUUAUAAUGGUGCUGGAAAGACAACAACAUUUCGUAUUGUUGUUGGUGAUUUGAUGGCAACAGAAGGCACGGCUUAUAUCGACGGACAAAAUAUCCGUCGUCGAUUGACCUCCAUACGCCGUUUGGGUUAUUGCCCACAACAAGAUUGCAGUAUGGACUUCUUGACAGUACGAGACAGUUUCUAUUUAUUAGCUCGUAUCCGUGGUGUGUCUCGUAAACGUAUCGAUUCAAUGGUAUCCUAUAUGAUUACAUUAUUUCUACUCGAAUCAUUUGAUAAUAAUUACAUUCAUCAAUUGAGCGGCGGUACUAAACGACGACUACAUGCUGCACUUGCGUUGAUUGGACCACCUCUUGUUGCUAUUCUGGAUGAACCGACGACUGGUGUUGAUCCUAAUGCUCGACAACAAAUGCAAAAAGUCUUUCUUAAUGCAGUCAAAGCACAAAUGACAAUUAUUUUGACCAGUCAUUCAAUGGAUGAAUGUGAACGUGUUUGUAAUCGUCUUGGCAUUAUGAAAUCAGGUCAAUUAACUUGUCUUGGAACUAUUCAACAUUUGAAAUCAAAAUUCGGUCGAGGCUAUAUGGUCAGUAUCCAAGUUCAAUCGAUAGCCAAUGACUCGAAUGCAUCAAACAUGCAUUCUGUUCUAUCAUUUUUACGUGAUCAGAAUCAAUUCCAAAUUGAAGUCAAAGAAAUAUUAAAAACGACGGGUCAAUUUCAAAUUUUGGAAAGCACACCGGCAGAAUUGUUCGAAUUACUUGAGCAAAACAAAGAACGAUUGAAUAUUGAAACAUAUACGAUUUCGCAGACAACACUCGAACAGAUUUUUCUCUCGUUAGGUAAAACAAAUUCGACCAAUGAUUCAUAA